AGCCAGUGUGUUGGCUCUGAAUCACAAGUGAGUAACCUUCCAGCUGAGAGACUGUGCCCGACGUGUCACAGCCUGCCACAGGGGAGGUGUUAAAAGAAGCUCACCUGGGUAUCUUGGGCAGAAGCAUUAGGUGUAGCCGGCCUGAUAAGUCCAUUAGUUUACUUAUAUGAGACUAUUGAUGUUCUUAAUUUCUAUUAGAGUUUCUGCGACCAUGAAGAGCAGUUGGAUAUUUCUGUGUGGACUUUCUCUUUGUACCUGGUUGUCUGUCCAAGGAACCUACAGCUAUGGAGGAUCAGACAUCUGUAAAUGCAAUGGAAAGUCACGUUAUUGCCUGCCUGACUCUGGGGGCCUCCAUUGUGUGGACUGCCAAGACAACACUGAGGGAAGGCAUUGUGAGAGGUGCAAGGAGGGGUUCCACCACCAGAGGGAAGGAAACAGGUGUCUGCCAUGUAACUGUAGCCGUAUAGGUUCUGUAGGAUCCCACUGUGACAGUAGAGGACAUUGCAGCUGUAGAGCGGGAGCACAAGGGGAUAAAUGUGACCGAUGCUCCAAUGGAACACCUAUCAGCUCAAAUGGCUGUGCUAACAGUGGUCAGCUCACUGACAACUCAGUGAUCGCUCAAUCUCUACCUUGCUUUUGCUAUGGACACUCGACCCAGUGCUCACCAGCAAAGGGCUACUCAGUCCACACAAUCACCUCAACAUUCGACAAUGGGCCUGAGGGUUGGCGAGCGGCCACAGCUCAUGGUGUGACCCCAUCCCAAGUCCACUUCCGCUGGUCGCCCACUCACAAAGACAUUGAGGUCAUCUCCAAAGACAUCAUGCCUGCUUACCUCUAUGCCCCUGACUCUUACCUGGGCAACCAGGAGCUGAGCUACGGUCAGAACAUAUUCUUCUCCCUGAGGCUGGACCGAGGGGUUCGCCACCCGUCCACGGCUGAUGUGGUGCUGGAGGGAUCUGGGCUGAGAGUGGCAGCUUCCCUGGGAGACCUGAGGACCAUCGUCCCCUGUGGACAGAAGAUCACCUACACAUUCAGACUGGAUGAGCAACAGAGCAGUAAAUGGAGGCCCCUCCUGUCAUCUUUCCAGUUUCAAAAACUCCUCCAGAAUCUGACUGCCAUCAAAAUCCGUGGGACAUUUGGGGAAAAUGGGCGCGGUUACCUUGACAAUGUACAUAUGGAGUCUGCCCGUCAGGGGGCCGGUACCCCUGCUGCCUGGGUCCAGAACUGUAGCUGCCCAGUGGGAUACGAGGGCCAGUUCUGUGAGAGGUGUGCUUCAGGGUAUAAGAGAAGUUCUCCAAGCAAAGGCCCAUACAGCUCCUGUGAGCCCUGCAGCUGUAGAGGAGGAAGCUGUGACUCUGAAACAGGAGAUUGCUACUCUGCAGAUGAGACCCCUGGUCGUCAGACCUGCCAGCUGGGGUAUUAUAAUGACCCUGCCCAGCCACGGUCCUGUCUGAAAUGUCCCUGUCCCAAUGGAGCUGCCUGCUCUGUGAGCCCAGGAACCGUGAAGAUCAAGUGUGACCUCUGUCCACCUGGCACCACUGGCUCACGUUGCGACACCUGCCAGGAUGGUUUCUAUGGCAAUCCCUUGGGGGAAAAUGGUGUCCAGAGGCCUUGUCGGCGCUGCCAGUGCAACGGUGUCAGUAGUUGUGACCCGCAGACAGGGGAGUGCCUGAAAUGUCUGAAUCAUACCGCUGGCUUCUUCUGUGAGAGCUGUCUGGAUGGAUAUCACCACAGCAUGCCAUCAGAGGCAUGCAAACCUUGUGGCUGCAAUUCCCCGGGUUCUCUGUACAACAAAUGCAGUGACCAGGGCCAGUGUUCAUGCAGAGAAGGCUUUGAGGGUCUGAAGUGCCAGCAUUCUGCGUGUCCCUCCUGCUUCAACCCUGUCAAGACCAAGAUGGCGGGGUACACUCGUAAACUGCGGGAGAUAGAAACUCUGUUUACGGGUACAGAGAGUGGCAGUCUACCAGUGAACGACGCCCAGAUGGAGAGAGCCAUCAGAGCAGCAGAGGACAUAGUCACAGACCUGCAGAGAAAUGCACAGACACUCUCUGAAUCAGAGAAAGACUUACAGGCCCGGCUCUCAGACAUCAGUACAACCCAGCUGAGUGAAGGCAGAGACAUCCAGGUGAUCUCCAACACCAUCAACAACAUAAAGCUGCAGGACCAGAGGUACCAACGACAGGUCUCUGAUAUCCAGACACUCAUUCAUGAUGUGCGGCGCAAACUAGAAGAGGCAAGACUCAACAUCAAACAAGCUGAAUUCCCUUUAAGUGAUGCAGAAGUGGACACAGACAGCCUCUCUACUCUGGUUCAGAGAGCAACAGGCCUGGCUGAAAAACAUCAGAGCAAAGCGGGGACAGUGGAGAAGACAGCAAACAGUGCUCUUGCAGAGUCAGAGAAGUCCCUGGCACUCAUGAGAACUGUCAUGACAAGGGAAAACAAGAUCAGAGAGCUUAUCAGUGAUCUCAAAACCAAGUAUGAUAAGAACUCAGCCCAGGUGAAGGCCAUGGAGAGCCUGGCCACUCGCCUAAGCAGCUCUGCCCAAGAUGAGAGCAGGAUGGCGGCUGACACCCUGGAGCAGAUAGCCUCCCUGGAGCUGAACAUCCCUGGUCCUCUCAAGGACAUUGACAGUGUGGCAGCUAAAUUGGGUGGCCUGAGUGAACGGGUGGAGGAAAACCUCACAGAGUACCAGGCGCUACAAGAGGAGACCCAGGAGGACAAGGCUGCAGUAGAGGACCUCCUGGCCCUGGGGAAGGCAGCUCAACGGGAAUAUGACCAGCUCCUUGCUAGAGCGAAUGCAGCGAAGGCUGACACAGAACUGGCCCUGAAGGCUAUCACAGACAACAUUGAUGGGGUGGAUGAUGCGCUGGAGAUGCUCAGAGGGUUUGACGGCCAGAUCAGCAAGAACAAGGCUUUGGCGGACGAGGCCAUAAAGAGACUCCCUGGCAUCAACGCCACCAUUCAGCAAGCUGUUGGCAACAACUCAGAGACUCUAUUCAUCAUAGGCAGUGUGUCUGAUGACUACAAUGAUGCACUGGGCACAUUCAGCAGGCUGGAAGCUGUGGUCUCUCGGCUGGAGGGAAUGUCCGGCUCUUUACCAGUAGCUCCCGCUGAUCUACUGAAGGACGCCACCAAGCUGAAAGGGGACGUGCAGGACCUGAAGAACCAGGCGGUAGCCACUGUUUCCAAAGUGGCGGCAGAGAGGGCCAAUGCUGAGGGACAGAGAGACAGAGCUGCAGAGGCUUUAAUGGGAGGAACGGGUGCCUACAUCAACGCCAAGCACACUAGAGAUGCAGUGGGAGAAACACUCCUGGUCAUCAAUAACCUCCUGAGCAUGAUCGGUAAGCCAGGCAGUGUGGACGAGGAGAGGCUGGGUGAGUUGGAGCAGUCCAUCUCCAGUGCCCGUGGCCAGGUCAACCAGCAGCUCCGGCCUCGGCUUCAGGCUCUGGAGGAGAAGGAGGCCGGCCAGAGGGCCAGGUUGUCUGGCCUCAACCUAGAUAUUGAUAUGAUCCUGGACGACAUCAGGAACCUGGAGGACAUCCACGCCAACAUCCCUAAGGGCUGCUUCAACACCCCACCUAUUGAGAAACCUUAAUCCCCCUAUUCAAAGAUCUAAUGUUCCACCCCAAAUGGCACCCUAUUUCCAAUAUAGUAAAUAAGGGCCCAGAGGGCUCUGGUCAAAAAGUAGUGCACUAUAUAGGGAGCAGGGCUCCAUUUGGGAUGCGUAGUGUUUGGAAAAUAAUUCUGAAUGUGUUAUGGUAUUACGUGUGAGAAAAAUGUGUGUUAAACUAAAUGUAUUUAUAACUGUCUGCAAAAAAAGAAAUCUGUGAAGAUUCAGUCUCCAAAGAAGCAAUAUUUUCAGUGAUCUAGUAAGUGUUGAAAACAAUGUAUUUUCUGUUGUAUUCUGUAAAAUAAACUGCAAUAUUUAUUCCUUUCUUAACAAUACAAACCUGGUGCCACUUAAUCUAACACAAACACAUUGAAUGAAUGUCAAUUAAUAUGAAUGUGUUUCAUGUGUCUUUCUUUUGCUCUUCAACUGAGGGACUUACUAACAAUGUAAGCAACUACAAAAUAUAUAUUUUUACACACUUGGUUUAUUAUGGAGGUAUUGAUGAACUCAGAGUAGAUGUUAUAUUGUGUCAGUCCAGUCAAUCCACAGUUGAAGAUGAGAAAAUACAAAUCAUUUCCAACCCAGCGCAUAUUACAUUGGAUUCCCCCCAAAAUCAUUUUCAGGACUCCUAUCCAAAUAAAUCAAUGAACAGAAUAAAAUCAAACAUCUCUUGAUAUUAUAUCUUUAAGUCAUCUAAUCCCACUCAGCUCAAAUUAAAGCCGCAGGUUCUAUGAAACCUUCUCUGAGACUAUAGUACACUAAAAUUGGCCCAUAUUAACUAGGACCACGACAAUGCUUAUUUUUCAUAUCAGAUUUUCCACUACAUCUUGUUUAUCUAAACCAGUCUUUAAAGAAUACAAAGUAACUGAUGUUGUGUAUGUAAGGAGUACCCUGCUGAGAUGUGUUCGAUAGAAAGACUCAAGGGAUGCAUGUAUAAAGAUCAUCGGCCUGAAGAGAUAUUGGACCCAGUUCAGUUUGUACAUAAUGUAUUACAUUUGGAGCACACAUAAAGAAGCAGUGUUGUGAGUCUGGAGCAUCUUACACAGUGUACUACUGAUAGUAUGUUUUGUAAUCAGCUAUGAAACUAGCAGACAGAUUAGUCUAUAAAAUAAUAUUACUUGCAUCCUUUCUAUAGCCUCCUGCUGUUUGUACUGGACUCAACCAGUCCUUCUGAUCUUAA